GCCCAGGCGGUCUCCGCGCAGGGAAGUGGAGCCUGAGCUGGAGGUGAAGGUCGAUGUCGCCAACGGCGAUGGGAACGAUGCGGAGAUCACGAGCUCCAUAAUCGAUGGCAUCCCUCGAUCCAGCGGCGAGCGGACGUACAGAGCCGAGGUGAAUGUGCCACGGGAGAAUGGCUCGGGGCCCCUCGGCAAGCGCGGGCUCACUGCGAUCCGGGGUCCAAACAGGAUCGACCGAUCAAAGGCAGAGGCAGAUGUGAAGACCCUGAUUGAGGCGUUCAAGCGCGGCGGGCCCGCGGAAGUGCGAAAGCAGCAAAAGGAGUUGAACAGGUCCUGGGUCAAUUAA